CCUCUUAAGCGGAAGUCACAAGGAAGUGGUUGAAUGAAAACAGAAGCAGCUGCCCCCCUAAUCGAACACUUGUCACUAAUCUUUAUUAGGAGUUAAAAGUUAUUUGGCUUGUGGUACUAUUGGCUAUACACGCGUGCAUUCUUGACCUCAUGAUGUGUUUCCUAAUCUGACAGGUUAAAUAGGCGCAGCAGAACUUGAAUGUUUAUCCAGAAAUAAGAAAGUGCUACUGUAACUUGUAACUUCCCGCAAUCAGCAUGGCGAAAUCAGGUGAAGAGGGGGACAACUCCAACGUGGAGCCGACAGAAGUGGAGACGUCUGAUGCCGAAGAGACGGAGAGUCCCGGCAACGCAAACGAAGGAGCAGAGCAGGGCGACGCCGCGGCUAACGAAGAAGCGGCGGGUGUAGCCAGAGCUGGCCUUGUGGGUGCUGAGGGGGGCGCUGCGGCUCAACCGGAAGAUGAAGAGACCGGCACUCUGUCCAUGAAGGAUUUGUACAACGCCGAACCUCUGCACAGCAACCUUUAUGCAAAUGCGGAAGUGAAUGUGGAUCCGAAAGUUGUGCAAAUGUUGACCGACGGAUUCGUCCAGCGUUUUGUGCCCUCUCUCGAGAACGCUCGCAAAACUAUCGAGCAGAUAAGGUCUAGCCAGACAGUGCUGGUAGAGACUGUGCAACAGGAGACCUCAAAGUUCACCGACUGUAAGGCAAAAGGAGACCUGGAAGUCACCAUGGACCAGGCCAAGCUCUACCACAACAAACUAGUCAGGCUGCGCAGGGAGAUGACGGCCCUGCACGAGAAGUCGGCCAGACUCAAG